CCUGUCCGACCCCGGAGGCCAAAUGUUCCGUACGCGUCGAGAAAGCAGCGCCACAUAGGAAGGAGUACCCUUUGGACCACAGGGCUUAUCGUGGCCCUUCGUUCGGCAUCAAGAUUCGUGCUGCUGUUCCUCCCCAACCUCUCCGUGUUCUCCGUCCCCGGCGCGGGGAAAUUGCGCAAACCACCUCCACCGGCUCCGUGCUCUCCGUCCCCGGCACCGGCAGCCGCCCCUCGUCGCCGCACCCCGGCGUCCUCCGUCCCCGGCCGGCGUCCGCCGGUUCCCACCACCGCCCUCAGUUGCUCGCCACCGCCGCCGAACGCGGGAGCCGCCGAGAUGCCGGCGAAGCCGCCACCCGCUGCCGAGUUCGAGUACUGCGAGCUGUGCCGCCAUCACCACGACCAUGGCCGGCGCCAUCGCUACGUCACCAAGCACCGGAGAAAUCUCGACGCUGCGCUCUCCUCCUUCCGCUCCAAGCUCUCCGACCUCCGCCGCGCCUUCCUCCAUGGCUCCCCCUCUUCCCAGCCGCCGCGGGUCCGUCUCUGGUGCCCCUUCUGCUCCACCGACCUCGUCGACCUCGACAGCCGCUCCGCUGGUAAAAAUGGCAUUUACCAUCUGGCAAGCAGUGAGCACCUGAAGGGUGUGAAGGAUUUCCUGCGGAAGCAUGGGGGAGGUAUGGAUCAGGUGGACUCGCUUAGGAUUUCAGAUGACGUGCUUGCCAAGUGGGAGAAAGGCUCGGAUUCCUUGAGCACAGGAACAAAAAAGGGGACUGAAGGGCUGAUUGGACCAUCUCUGAAGCAGAUAAAAGAUAUCCAAAAUGAAUAUACCUGUGACAGUUUGGAUAGUUUUUCACAAAACAAUAUCCCAUCUUUUAGUAAUACUGCAUCAUAUGUUGUUAUGCCUUUACAAAGUCCUACCAAUGGGGCAUAUGACCCUAUUAGUACAGCGUGUCAUGGAGCUUCCAGUUCUGGAAGUGCUCCUUAUUCUGCUCCAUAUGGAACUGUUGGACUGCCCAUCACACCUUGGGGAUCGGUCGAAACACAUAAGCAGCAGGGUGCGCUGUCUACAAACUUGUUCCACAGCAGUCAUCCUCAAACAAAAGGUCAUCAAUCUACUGUCCUUGUAAAUGACGCAAGGCCAUCGAUUUCUUGUUCUAAUCAUGUUCAACAAAGUCACACUGGAGGAAAUUUGAGCAAUGGCUCAAAAGCAAAUGUACAUACGGGUGCUCCUCCUCCUUGGUUAAAAGCUAAUGAACAUGAUCCAAAGAAUUUGCCACUCAGAAGCUGUGCUCUUCCUUCUCGGAAAGGAAAAUUGAGGAAACUCAAUCCAAAGAGGGUUGGUGCUGCAUGGGCAGAAAGAAGAAGAGCUGAGAUGGAAUUGGAGAAACAAGGUGAAAUUGAUCCAGCAACAUCUGAUUCUAGUUGGCUACCUAAUUUUGGUAGUGUCUGGCAAUCUGGCACAAGGAAGGAAUCAAAGAAAGACUUUGAGAAAAGCUACAAGCUUCACGACAUGGAGAGCAACCAUGACUUAUCCUUGGAGAUAAAACCAUAUAUCAGCAAACGGAUGCGUGUAGGUGUAGGUGCCGAUAAAGCUUCUGACAAAGCUGAACAGCUUGGUAGUCAACAGUAAACAGAUGUUCAACCCCUUGCCAGAUAGAUGUUUAUGGUAUCAUUGGUAUGAAUCUUUUUACACUCGCCCACUCGGUAAAUGAAAGGUUUAGCGCCCAGAGAUCUACGUUUGCCAGUAGCAGGCGAACUCUGCUGUCUUUGCUUUCCAUCAAUACAGCGGCUACAGCAACUUCUGAUCAGACAAUUCAAUGCCCUCAACGAUGAAUACGGAGUAUGAUAUUUGGGGUGACGGGGACACUAGUACCACAACUAGCUUGCAGGACUCCUGGAAUGAUUGCGCCCCUCCUGGAUGAAACGCAAUGCAGGGCAGCUGUUCCUAACUGCUCACUGUUUGGCGCCUGCAGAUGGAUGUCGCGUCGCGUAGGCGAGACUGCUGAAGAGCCACCAGGGCGCUUUUUUUUUUA